AUGGGGGCUCCGGGCGAUGCCCCUGGAAGCCCUCAGGCCCCCGUCUUCGCCUGGACUCCCAGGACACCCAGCGGUGCGGGCGGUCAUUUGGGUGAUUUUGGGGACCCCAGAAUUUCGAUGAGAGACACGCAUCUGGGCUCUCCAACGGUGGAACCAGAGACACCACACAAAGUGGAAGCUGGAAAACACGAGGACGGCGGACGGAGGAACAGGUCGGGUUCAGAAGCAUCGAGCUUCGUGAGACUAGGUCAGAAGUCAGAAGGAUGGAUGAUGGCCGAAAGCCGGGAACCAGAGUUAGGUUCCCGUGCCUUGCUAGAUGAUCCUGUGCUGUCCUGGCCAGAUGCCCGUGUUCUACCGCUGACGGCUGUGUCGAGUAUUGGGAGACCAUCACGGUUACACCAGACAUUCUUCAACAGCGGCAAGAGUUCAAUUGUCAGAGCGAUCAUGGAUCCAUUGUGCGGUGUGCUAGUUCCACUCGGCCCGCACUACGAUUCAGUAUGUACUCCGGUCGGGUUGUCGUUAUCUGAAACUCCGGAAGAAAAGCCACGGUCCCAUGCCCUCUCCGCUUCAAUGUUACCUGGCAUCAUCAGGUUUGGUCGCGAUUGGUGCACAAAAGCAGAUGCAAUGGAGGCUUCAUCGAUAUUGAAGGGUUCGCUUUAUCAGACGCGAUAUAUGAACAACAGCCAGCCACCUACCGGCAAAUGUGGUUCUCAAGGUCUUUAG